AUGCCGUUUUCUUCAAAGCCCAUCAAUCCAUCACCGCUCCAUUCAAGGUUGAAGCGAAAUCCUGCACUGUUUGGUGUUCCCUUUCUUCUCAUCAUAAUUGGGGCCUCGUUUGGUCUUCAGACUUUCACGCAAACUCGAUAUGACCUACAGGACCAGAAAGUCAAGCAGAUGAGCAACGAGCAAGCUCUAGGUCUUGAUCGCAAGAAGAAAAAGUUUGACAUUAGGGAGGAAUACUAUAAACUAAGUGCUGCUGGAGAGCAAGACUGGGAACCCAAAAGAAUUGCAAGACCCAAUGAUUUCCCAGAAAUGGAUGUUCCCCCCACUGAGCCUCCAGUCAAACCUUGA